AUGCCCGGGCAAUCGUUUCCCUCACGUGGACCCAUGCCUAUUCCAACGAAUUCAAUGACCAAUCUUGCUCCUCCGCCAUUGCCGCCACCGCCACGAAUCAGUGACCUCGAGGACGGCUAUGAUGCGGGCUGGCUGCAUGCGAAUGUGAGAGGAACCCACAAACUCGCCCCGAUCAGCCCCAAUUCAAGUUUGUUUGGCGGCCACCGUCGUCCGGAAGCGGUACCACAAAGCGAUCGAAUGGCCAUCGACGAAUUGGAUGGCCGACAGAGUGGUCUGCCCCUGUCCAGGAGCCCCGAGGCUCAUAUCAGAAUCGAGCCUCCGCCCCCGAUGGAUGAAGGGUUCCGAAAUGCCAUAUCGAUUAAGAGUCCGAGUCCGAUCUUGAAGGGAGAGCGAGACUUCUCUCGACGAAGUUUGAAGGACUCUUCAGAUGCGUACGACCAACACCUCCUGUCGAAAAUCGGGAAACCGCUCUCUCCCCGACAAUCGAUCAGCGCUGGUAGUGAGAACAAGGGCUUACUAUCGACACUCACCAUCCCUUCAAGGAAUUUCGGAGGCCUACCUUCUCCCGGCGGAUCUGAAGGCUCCAGUCUCGACGUACGGUGGCCCAGCAGCUAUCAAUCAGGUGGGAUAUCGCCUGGGACUAAGUUAGGCUGGAGGGACUAUGUCGGAGGACGAAGCCCAAGCGUUGAGAGCAGCGCCCCGUCGUCUGCCGUGGAUUACGAUCAACCGGCUUAUCUGCGCGACAUGUCACGCCGUCGCGGAGGUGGAACGACUCCCUUGUUUGACGAAACUAUCAGCCUGCCCAGUCGAUCGAACCGGGGAAGCUACGAUCAUGGGGUCUUCUCUGAUAUUGAAGGGGAUUUUUCGACUGAUGAAUCGAUGCCGCCUCGAAUCUUCAAUGUUCGCGAAGCAACGCCACCUUAUCUGGAAGCUUCUAAACCGGGCAUGAAGCGGAGAGCAUCUUCUCCUCCCCGUGAGCCGAUAAAUGGGGACAGAAACGCCCUUCACGUUGCCACGAGCAACGGUGAUCUUACCCAGCGGCGCACAAGCGGCCAUCCGUUCACAAACUCUCUCUCAGUCAAUGUUAAUUAUGCCCCCAGCCAUGGAAGUCACUCCGCUGCUUCAUCCUUGAGCCUGCGAACCUCUGGAUCUUACUCGUCAGCGGGCUUCUCCUUGGGAGGAAGCAGUAUGACGAGCUAUGAUCGCUCACCUGGGGGACUGUCACCCAAUUCCGACCUUGAUACCUUCCAUGACAAGUCGAUCCUCAACCCUAGCUCCCCCGUGAAUCUCACUGGACAAUCCAUUUCGAGAAAUAUCCCGACUACUAGUACACUAGAACCAUCUAGUGCUGAUACUGCUCGGAAAGUGUCUAUGCAAACAACUCUCGCCAUCCCGAAGCCCGCAGGGCCUAAAAUUGGCGGAUUGUAUAUCUGCGACUGCUGUCCCAAGAAGCCGAAAAAGUUCGACAGUCCAGAAGAGCUUCGCGCUCACGAGAUGGAGAAACAAUACUCGUGUUUGUACUGCAACAACCGGUUCAAGAACAAAAACGAGGCCGAACGCCAUCAGAAUUCUCUCCAUUUGCGGCGUCACUCUUGGUCUUGUGCAGCACUACCGGGAUAUCAGGCAGCUUUCCAUCCUUCGUCUUCCUCGGCUCAAACAAACGCUGGACCUUCCCACGACAUUUGUGGCUACUGUGGUGACGAGUUCCCCAAUUUUCCCCAGCCAGACUGGGAUCGCAGAUUUGAACAUCUCACUGCGGUACAUAAAUUCGGCGAAUGCAACAACGCAAAAAAGUUUUACCGAGCAGAUCACUUCCGGCAGCAUCUGAAACAUAGUCACGCCGGCACAAGCGGAAAGUGGACUAAUAUUCUGGAGAAUGCUUGCAUGAAGGAAGAACCGGCCCCAGAGCCGAAAAAUGCCGGCGGGAAUGGAGGCACCGGAACGCUCGCAUCAAAUAAGAUCAGCGAGGUUCUGAGUGGUUGCUGA